AGGGGGAACGGCGAGCGAAAAAGGGGAGGGGGAGAGGAGGUGUUUUCGGAGCUCCAGACAGCUGGAGGGGGUAAACAGAGGAGGGGGCCGGGGCGGGAUAAGGUCCCGGCCAGGCCUGGGCUGCGAAGCCCGGCGAGCGGCUCCCGCUGCCUCCCAGCCAGCCCACCUCCCCAAGGGGCCCCUGCCGCGGCGCAGGGCUCGGUUCGCCCCCCUGUAUGGAAGUUCAAGGGCUCCGUCCACUGGCUGUUGCGGCUGCCGAACCUGCUCUGAGGAGGCCUGACAGGUAAUUUCAAUGCUGUCUCUAUGGACAUGAACUCUACUGGAAUGCUUGGAUGCACAGCAACACCUCCACUGGCUUGCUUUCGUCGGCCUUGCUGUGAGAAGAUGACAAAGGCGAAUAUUACUAGAGACCUCAUCCACAGGCAGCUCAAGGAGACAGGUGCCCUCAGCUUUGAACGACACUAUCAUGUCACUGAUCCAUUCAUUCGGCGCCUGGGCUUGGAGGCGGAACUGCAAGGUCACACUGGCUGUGUCAACUGUCUUGAAUGGAAUGAAAAGGGAAACUUGCUGGCCUCUGGCUCAGAUGAUCAGCAUACCAUCGUGUGGGAUCCCUUGCAUCAGAAGAAGCUCCUUUCCAUGCAUACAGGGCAUACGGCAAACAUCUUCUCUGUCAAGUUCUUGCCACACGCCGAGGAUCGGAUACUCAUAACCGGGGCUGCUGAUUCCAAGGUGCAUGUCCAUGACUUGACUGUUAAAGAGACCAUCCAUAUGUUUGGGGAUCACAAAAACAGAGUCAAGCGUAUUGCCACGGCUCCAAUGUGGCCCAACACCUUCUGGAGCGCAGCAGAGGAUGGGCUUAUCCGACAGUAUGACCUGCGAGAGAACAGCAAACACUCAGAAGUCCUGAUAGACCUGACGGAAUACUGUGGACAGCUUGUGGAGGCCAAAUGUCUCACUAUCAACCCCCAGGACAACAAUUACCUCGCAGUAGGAGCCAGUGGCCCCUUUGUGAGGAUCUAUGACAUACGCAUGAUUCAUAACCACAGAAAAAGCAUGAAACAGAAUCCCACCGCUGGAGUCCAUACGUUUUGUGAUCGGCAGAAGCCCCUUCCAGAUGGUGCUGCACAGUACUAUGUAGCAGGACAUCUUCCAGUGAAACUACCAGACUACAAUAACCGGCUGAGGGUGCUGGUAGCUACAUACGUUACCUUCAGUCCUGAUGGCACAGAGCUGUUGGUGAACAUGGGAGGAGAACAGGUUUACUUAUUUGACCUGACUUACAAGCAGCGGCCAUACACUUUUCUCCUGCCAAAGAAAUGCCACUCUUCAGGAGAGGUGCAGAAUGGGAAAACAUCUACAAAUGGGGUGUCAAAUGGCAUCCAUCUCCACAGCAAUGGAUUCCGGUUGGCUGAGAGCCGAACACACAUCAGCCCACAGGUAGAGCUUCCUCUUUACCUGGAGAAGAUCAAGUUACAGGCCAACGAGGCUUUUGCUUGCCAGCAGUGGACUCAAGCCAUCCAGCUCUACAGCAGAGCGGUCCAGAAGGCCCCCAACAAUGCCAUGCUGUAUGGGAACAGAGCUGCUGCAUACAUGAAGCGCAAAUGGGAUGGGGAUCAUUACGACGCUUUGCGAGACUGCUUAAAGGCCAUCUCCUUGAACCCAUGCCACCUGAAGGCUCACUUCCGCCUGGCCCGCUGCCUCUUUGAGCUGAAGUAUGUGGCAGAAGCGCUGGAAUGUCUGGAUGACUUCAAGGGAAAGUUCCCCGAGCAAGCACACAGCAGUGCUUGCGAUGCCCUAGACCGGGACAUCAAUGCAGCCCUCUUCUCGAAAAGCGAUAAUGGGGAAGACAAGAAAGGGGGCGGCCCCAUUUGGCUGCGAGCAACCGGGCGCAAGGACUCCAUCUCAGAGGACGAGAUGGUGCUGAGGGAGCGCAGCUAUGACUACAAGUUCCGGUACUGUGGCCACUGCAACACCACCACAGAUAUCAAAGAGGCUAACUUCUUUGGCAGCAAUGCGCAGUACAUAGUCAGUGGCUCCGAUGAUGGCUCUUUCUUCAUCUGGGAGAAAGAAACGACCAACCUCGUGCGGGUUCUGCAGGGGGACGAGUCCAUCGUCAACUGUCUCCAGCCCCACCCCAGUUACUGCUUCCUGGCCACCAGCGGCAUUGACCCUGUCGUGCGGCUCUGGAAUCCCAGGCCAGAGACUGAAGCCCUGAAUGGGAGAGUGGUGGAAGACAUGGAAGGUGCUUCCCAGGCUAACCAGCGAAGGAUGAACGCAGACCCAUUGGAGGUGAUGCUGUUGAAUAUGGGCUACCGGAUCACAGGACUUACCAGCGGUGGAGCUGGAGGCUCAGACGAUGAAGACAGCUCCGAGGGGCAGGUCCACUGCCGGACCAGCUAAAGCUGAACUGCCUCUCCUCUCCUUUCCUUUCCUUUUUGUUUUGUUUUUUUGUUUUUGUUUGAAGGGAAGUCUAGUUUGCUCAGUUUGGACUCUGAGGAACGACUGCACUGUUUCACAGUAUGCACAGAGUAGUACCCGCCAGCAGGGGCCAAAAGAGGCUUUGUUUACCCUUUGCUGCUACCCUUUGUUCUCCUUUGCCCCUUCCCUUCCCCCAGCCCGUUCCACUCUGAAGCAGCAUGGGGACGCAGCCCAUUGGAACUUUGCUUCUAGCAGAAUCUAGUUUGUGCAGGGAUUUCUUUUUCUUCUCUCUCUCUCUCUCUCUCUCUUUUUUUGCGUUUUCCGUGAGCAGUGUAAAACUGGCAACCAUCCUCUUCUUCCCCUGCUGCUGAACAGCCUGGGAGAUUGGGGGGCGGGUGGAGGUGGGCCUUGCCUGCACGAAUGUGUUUGCAGAGAGGAUCUUUAAAAAAAAACUCAAUAAAAUGUCAACCUAG